AUGCUCGCACUUCGCCCGUCCUCAGCGCCACGCGUGGCCCUUCGAGCCUCGAGCCGUAUCACUCGACCGACGGCGGUAGCGGCAUGCGCAGCUCGAAAACACACACUCGUCGUACCAUGCACACACACAGCACAGCCGGCGCGCGCGAGAAGGCAAUUCACCACAACGGCAAGGACCCUGUCCGCCAACAACCCCAAAGCACCCCCCGUCGCGAGGCGCGCUUCCAAACUAUACCGAGACGCGGACGAGGCGGUCGCAGAUGUGCAGAGUGGAUCGACCAUCUUGAGCUCGGGCUUUGGACUUUGUGGAGUUGCAGAGACGCUUAUCCGGGCUCUUCACCGUCGCGGCAUCGACUCGUUGCAUAGUCUCACGGCCGUCUCCAACAAUGCGGGCAAGGAAGGGAUGGGUGGCCUGUCCCUCCUGACGUCGUCCGGGCAGGUUAAGAACCUCAUCAUCUCGUUUCUCGGCAACAACAAGACACUCGAAAGACAAUAUCUAGACGGCGACAUUUCCAUUGAGCUAUGCCCUCAGGGCACUCUGGCCGAGAGAAUCAGAGCAGCCGGUGCAGGCAUCCCUGCCUUCUUCACGCCCACGGGCGCCCAGACUCUCCUAGAAACGGGCAAAAUUCCCUCCCAAUACGACAGCUCAGGCAAAGUCGUCAAGUACGGCCACGAGAGGGAAUCGCGCGAGUUCAACGGCAAGACAUACAUCAUGGAAAAGGCUCUCCCCGGCGAAGUAGCCAUUGUUCGCGUCUGGAAGGCCGACGAAGCCGGCAACUGCGUCUUUAGGUACACGACAAAGGCCUUUGGAACAAUCAUGGCCAAGGCCGCCACCGUCACCAUUGUCGAGGCGGAGGAGAUUGUGCCCGUUGGCGCCAUCGACCCCAACGACGUCCAUCUCCCCGGUAUCUACGUCGACCGCGUCGUUCCAGCGACAGCUCCCAAGACCAUCGAGAGCCCCAAGCUUGAGAAGCCCUCCACACCGGCCAAGGACCAGGCCGCGCCCAGCGCGUCGCAGAUCCGCCGCGAUCGCAUCGCACGCCGAGCAGCAGAGGAGCUCCAAGAAGGAUACUAUGUGAACUUGGGCGUCGGACUGCCAACAUCGGCACCGGCUUUCCUGCCCGCCGGUCGCAAGGUGUGGCUGCAAUCGGAGAAUGGCAUCCUAGGCAUGGGACCUCACCCAGCGACGGAAGCUGACAUGGACGCUGACAUUGUCAAUGCUGGCAAGGAGACUGUGACCCUGAUGCCCGGUGCCGCUACGUUCGACAGUGCCGAGUCUUUCGGCAUGAUUCGCGGUGGGCACAUUGACGUUUCCAUCUUAGGCGCCCUGCAGGUCAGCGCGGCCGGCGACCUCGCGAAUUACAUGAUUCCCGGCAAGGUGGUCAAGGGCAUGGGAGGCGCCAUGGACCUCGUGUCCAACCCGCAGCAGACCAAGAUUGUCGUCACGACCGAGCACGUCGCCAAGGACGGAAGCUCCAAGAUUGUCCAGGAUUGCAGCCUGCCCCUGACCGGCGCAAGGGUCGUCAGCACCAUCAUCACCGACCUCUGCGUUUUCGAGGUCGACCGCGAGGCGGGCGCCUUGACCUUGACCGAGCUGGCCCCUGGAGUGGAUGUUGACGAGGUGAGGGCCAAGACAGACGCAUCCUUCACCGUCGCCAAGAGUUUGCGCACCAUGGCUUAG